UUCAGACUGGCUGUACAUGGUGCCAUGGGGAUUGUACAAGCUAGGCAGUAACCUAUGUAAAAGAACAAUACGGCAAUCCUCGUAUGUUUAUUGCUGAAAAUGGGAUGGAUUAUGUUGGCAAUCUCAGCUUAGCUGAAUCAUUGAACGACACAAAAAGAAUCAGUUACUACAAGAGCUAUUUAGGUGAAGUGAAGAGGACAGUAGAUGAAGGAGCCAACUUGUUUGCGUACUUUGCAUGGUCAUUGGUCGACAACUUUGAAUGGAGAUUGGGAUACACUUCAAGGUUCGGAAUUGUGUAUAUUGAUUUCAACACACUCGAGAGAAAGAGAUAUCCUAAGAUGUCGGCUCACUGGUUCCAACAUUUCCUUCGUCGUUGA